AUGGAACCUUGGGGGAGGAGGCAGUUUCUUGUGUUAGGGUACUCGGGGCCACUUCUCAACUCGGACCACCUCUGGAUCAUUUUUUCUCCACAGACUUUGCUUCGAAGGUCAUCUGUCGAUUCUGUACGCUUGGCCUUCUCUGUGGCGGUAUUGGAAAACAUUUUAGUGGUAGUGACGUUUGUGUUUAACCCCUUAAUGCGAUCGACCACUAACAGUUUUAUCGUGUCUUUAGCCGUCAGCGAUUUCCUCAUGGCCAUAACCUGCAUGCCAGUAAAUCUGGGCAGUGUUCAUACCACGUAUUGGGUGUUUGGGCCAUUUGCCUGUAAGAUGGUUCCGUAUGUCAUGACUGUGGCCGUUGCCUGUAGCUCUCUAACUCUGUGUUGCAUUGCUUUAGACAGAUACAAAGCCAUCGUCCAUCCCUUGAAGUUAAGACUGUACAAUACCCCCGGUCACGUGGGCGUUCUUCUGUGUCUUGUCUGGUUCCUAGCGGCAUUGUCUGCUGUUCCAAAUGUCGUGUUUUAUAAAAUAGAAAACGUCGAAGUAAAUUAUUCCCGCGGCGAUUCUAAUUCUUCUCAAAACUGGGACCAGUCCAGUUACCCUUUGUGUGCCUGGCUGGGAACCGAUGUCCAAGAACUUGUUUUCCAGUGGUUUCAAUUUGGUGUGCUCUUCAUUGCGCCAUUUUCAGUCAUGAUCAUUUUCUAUGGAAUUAUCGCCUAUCGCCUGUGGAUAAGAAAACCAAUCGGAGUGCGGGUUUUGCGCGCUGGCAACAAAAACACACGAAUGAAAAAGAAAGUUAUAAAGAUGCUAGUGAUUGUCGUGACUCUCUUCGCUGUCUGCUGGCUACCUUUGCUGCUCUUUAACGUUUUUUGGCCUUAA